AGCUCAGGCUGGAGUGAUCCACUUACGUUGCUUAACUCAAUGCGUGGUGAGCCUCGCGGAAGUCCCAGGGAGCGACAGAUCCUUUCUUUAUUCAAGCCGCGUGGGGCCGGCCGCCGCCUUCCGAGGCUAACAUGCCGAGAACCCAGCAACGUCAGUGGACGCGCUGGAUAAUCAAAGCGACCUCUGUUCAUCACAUACAUGAAUCAUAAGGUGGCUGCAGGACGACAUCAUUUUCUAGUGGAAUGACCACUCCUUCCCAUCCCUACACGUCUCGUUGGAGAACCGCCGGCAACAUAUGGCUGCUCCAACUGCUACAAUAUUCUUCGAACCAUCAUUGACAGAGCCAACCGCGCCACAUGGAUACGGCGCCCUCAAGUUCAUCAUCACCAACACGCCGAGGAUGGGAUAGGAGCAUUCCCCCUGCCCUGCGCCCCGUAGUGCGCGCGUACUUGCUGGGCUAUGCAUACGCAGUCGGGCCCCGACUGCUGACCCUGUUGCUCCAGCAUGUCGCCCGCCGCAGGCUCACGAGACGGGCGAACAAACAGACGACCACGGCACACGACACCCAAAAUGGAGAGCCCUUCUCGGCGGCAUUUCGAGGUAUCCUUAUGAGGGCGCUCGACUGGCAGAGCUUUCCCACCUUUUGCGCCGCCUUGGUUGGCGGCACCGCCUUGCUCGAACGACCUUUGGCUGUCCUUCUUAGCAGAUCGGCAAAGAACCUCUCCGACAUUGCCCGGAGGAGAAUCUCCAGGUGGCUGGCGUCCUUCAUCGCAGCCUGGCUGAGCCUUCGGCUACUCCAGUCCAAGCAAACCCCGAGUUUCACCGACACAGCGUCCGGGUUCGGCCCGAAUGACCCCCCCAAAACAGUGCACUAUGCCGGACGGACCCUCGACCUCACCCUUUUCGCCGUGACGCGGGCGCUGGACGUCAUCGGCGGCGAGCUGUGGCACCGCCGCAAGCUCCGUCGGCAGGCGGCCGGGACUUGGACGCGCGCCGAGUCCGCCAUCUCGCGCCUCACCGAUCCGGCCGUCUUUGCCCUCUCCAGCGGUCUCAUCAUGUGGACGUGGAUCUACCUCCCGGCGCGCCUCCCGCGCGCCUACAACAAGUGGAUCGGUUCGGCCGCUGCCGUCGAUCCCCGGCUCAUCACCGCCCUGCAGCGCUGCCGGCAGGGCGAGAUCGUCUACGGCCGCGACACGGGUCAGGCCCCGCUCCUCGGCAGUAUGUGCGCCGACUACGGGUGGCCGGCCGAAUGGGGCGACCCGGCCAAGACAAUCCCUUUCCCCUGCGAGAUGGUCCACAUGGGCUGUGGCCCGUCGUGCGAGCUGCACGCCGUCUCUCGCUUCUUCCGCUCCUUCCGAUGGGCCAUGGUAACCUACCUCCCGCUGUCCCUCGUCCUGGCGGCGCGCAGCAGCUACCACCACCCCCUCCGCCGCGCCCUCCUCUCCGCCGCGCGGUCUUCCUCCUUCCUAGCCACCUUCAUAACCCUCUUUUACUACGGCGUGUGCCUCGCCCGCAACAGGCUCGGGCCCCGCCUACCGAUGCUGGGCGGCGGCAACGACGACGACGACGACGAUCAGGCCUCGCGCUUCCAGCGCAUCGACGGCGGGCUCUGCGUCGGCGCGGGCUGCGUGUUGUGCGGGUGGAGCAUCCUGCUGGAGCACGCGGGCCGCAGGAAGGACAUGGCGCUGUUUGUCGCGCCGCGCGCGCUGGCCGCGCUGUUCCCCCGCCGGUACGCGCUGGCCGCGCAGUGGCGCGAGACGCUUGCUUUUGCGGCCAGCACGGCGGUCGUGUUCACCUGCGUCGCGGAGAAUAGGGCGCGAGUUAGAGGCAUGAUGGGGAGUGUGCUGGGCACGGUUCUGGGGAAGUAG